ACUGUGGCGCUCACAAGCUCACGUGGAUAUUUAUGUUAGCUAACUAGCGAAAGAUUGAAGUUCUAGUAAAAUCACUUUUUUGUUUUGUUUUACCCCUUACCUUUACGCACUUUACACUAUGUCAAAAUGGUGGUAGAUGACAUUCAGUUUCUCAGUAUUCUUAAAGGAAAGCGCAUCAAACUUACCCUGAAAAAUGGAUCUUACCUUGGCAUUGUCCAGCGCAUCAACUCCAACAAAACCAUCGUUUUGGCUGACGUUGUUGGGGCCAAUAAUGGAUGCAGAUAUCCAGGUUCUAAAAUGUUCUUCGGCCAUGACAUUGUCAAUGUGGAAUUCUCCCAUGAAGAAGAUAAUGCCAGUAGAAAUCUUGGGAGGAAGACUCCUGAGGGCCAAUUGACAGUGGAAAAGUUCCAGCCUUACAGGAGAGCUGUCAGACUAGAUGAAGAUGAUGAUAAUGACGGGGAAUACAUUAACUUCAUUGUCAUUGAUGAGUUUCAUGAAAGGUUUGGACCAGCUGUGAUGCACAUCAAAAAGCAAAAAGUAAUUGGAGUAGGAGUGGUUGGAGUUGAAUUAUACAAGCAUGGGAGACUGUGCUGGCUUCAGAUUGCUACAAAACACAAGGUGUACCUUUUCGAUAUCCUGCUGCUGGGGGCUCGUGCAUUUAAAAAUGGUCUCUCUAUGAUCUUACAGAGUCAACAUAUUUUAAAGGUUAUUCACGACUGCAGAGCUAUUGCAGGAUGUUUGUCUACUCAGUUUGGAGUAAAUCUCACCAACGUUUUUGACACUCAGGUCGCAGAUGUGAUGUGCUUCUACUCCGAGACAGGUGGCUUGCUUCCAAACAGAGUAAGCACUCUUCAGGAGGUGAUCAAUCUACAUCUGAAGGUGCCUACAUCACAGCUUCUAUCAUUGCAAAUGAAGUCUCAGCUCACACAGGAGAAGGAGAUGUGGUACAAGCGGCCGUGCCCUCUGCCCUUGCUCAAGAUCAUGGCUCUGUCUGUGAUCCACCUGCAGCCUUUGCGCCUAGUGCUGCUAGACACGCUCAUGACAGACUACAUGCUCCUGGUGGAUUCAUGUCUCAAAAGUAGCCACUUCCAGCCUGAUGAAUUGGAACAUCUCAGUAUGGAAAGUGUUUUGGAGCUGCCUAAGGAGCUCAGACAGUUGGAGCAAAUGCACUGUGACCGUCAGGAGUGGGCAGCUGAACAGUUCCCAGUGACAGAGCAGGGUCUGCUUGAUCGUUUUAACCCCAGAGUGUUGAAGAAGAAAACUGAAGAAAAGCAACAACAAACACACGAAGAGCUCUCUGAACCUGAGAGCAUGAAUACUUCUUCAGCCCAGGGCAGACUGAGUGCUGGGAGAGGACUCAACUACACAAAAUACAACAAUGACAAGUCUCCUCUUCCAGUCCUGCCUGGUAUUGGACGGGGCUCUUUCCUCCACAUACCCACAGCUCAGAGCCUUGGACAGAGCACACCAGAGUCGGCUUCUGGUGACAGUGAGAAGGGACUUAAAGAAGCUACUGUGGCCCCUAAGUCUCUUAGCCAGUUGUUCAGGUCCUUCAAAAAUUAAAAGUUUUCAUUGUAUUACACAGUAUUACCUUUGUUGGAUUGUUUUAGUUUGUGCUUGUAUAGUGUAACCACUAGAUGGCAGUAAAUAUUAGUCUACCAUGUACAAUGGCUUGACAAUAUUUCUGGAGUUUAAAGUAUGUUUAUUUUAUAGUUAAGUUCAUGGUUUAAUGUUUUGGCAUUGGAUGUGUUUUACAUUUAUUGAUUAUGGUUACUGCCAUGCUGCCAAUAAAGCGCCGAAUUUGCUUGUGUUCAA